AUGAUUCUCCAAACGGCUUUCUCUCUACCCUCAACUACUACUACUAAUACUGCUCUUUUGUCUUCUUGCUGUCCUCACCGGCUCAACACUCUGUUCUUCACUCACCGACGCCGUCGAUUAAUUUCUCCAUCCCGCCUGAAUUCAAGUUUCUCGCAACGUAGAUUUUUAUUUGCUGUUGCUGCAUCAGGGAAUAAUGUCUUUACUUCUCCUGAAACAUCCAAGACCUUUGAUUUUUCGUCCGAGGAGAAAAUAUACAAAUGGUGGGAGUCGCAAGGGUACUUCAAACCGAGUUUCGAAAAAGGAGGCAGCCCUUUUGUGAUACCAAUGCCACCUCCUAAUGUUACUGGCUCUCUGCACAUGGGCCACGCAAUGUUUGUCACUCUUGAGGACAUUAUGGUUAGAUACAACAGGAUGAAAGGGAGGCCAACACUUUGGCUUCCCGGUACUGAUCAUGCUGGUAUCGCCACUCAGUUGGUCGUGGAAAAGAUGCUAGCAUCAGAGGGCAUUAAGAGAGUGGACUUGGGAAGAGAUGAGUUUACCAAAAGAGUCUGGGAAUGGAAGGAAAAGUAUGGCGGAACGAUCACAAAUCAGAUCAAGAGACUGGGUGCUUCUUGUGAUUGGAGUAGAGAGCGCUUCACUCUUGAUGAGCAAUUGAGUCGGGCUGUGAUCGAGGCUUUUGUGAAGCUUCAUGACAAGGGGUUCAUAUAUCAAGGAUCUUACAUGGUCAACUGGUCCCCUAAUCUACAGACUGCUGUUUCAGACUUGGAAGUAGAAUACUCGGAGGAACCUGGAUUUUUAUACCAUAUUAAAUACCGUGUAGCUGGAAGUCCGGAUUUUCUUACGAUAGCAACGACUCGUCCAGAGACAUUGUUUGGUGAUGUGGCCAUUGCAGUACAUCCUGAGGAUGAUCGUUAUUCUAAGUAUGUGGGUCAGACAGCAAUUGUACCUAUGACAUAUGGUCGUCAUGUCCCAAUUAUUUCCGACAAGUAUGUUGAUAAAGAUUUUGGGACUGGUGUUCUGAAGAUAAGUCCUGGGCAUGAUCACAAUGAUUAUCUUCUUGCCAGAAAGCUAGGUCUCCCCAUUCUGAAUGUGAUGAACAAGGACGCAACACUAAAUGAAGUUGCUGGCUUGUUUCGUGGCCUUGACCGGUUUGAGGUCAGGGACAAGCUAUGGGCAGAUCUUGAGGAGACAGGUUUAGCUGUUAAGAAGGAGCCUUACACUUUACGAGUUCCAAGAUCUCAGCGUGGUGGAGAAGUUAUUGAGCCACUUGUAAGCAAACAGUGGUUUGUUCACAUGGAGCCUUUAGCUGAGAAGGCACUUGCUGCUGUUGAAAAGAAAGAAUUAACCAUCACACCUGAGAGAUUUGAGAAGAUAUACAAUCACUGGCUGACAAAUAUUAAGGAUUGGUGCAUAAGCCGGCAGCUGUGGUGGGGGCAUCGCAUACCAGUUUGGUAUGUGGUUGGGAAGGAUUGCGAAGAGGACUAUAUAGUUGCCAAAAAUUCUGAAGAAGCCCUUGAGAAAGCUCAUGAGAAGUAUGGAAAAGAUGCUGAAAUAUAUCAGGAUCCAGAUGUUCUUGACACAUGGUUUUCCAGCUCAUUGUGGCCUUUCAGCACUCUUGGCUGGCCUGACGUAUCAGCAAAGGAUUUUAAUAACUUCUACCCUACAAAUAUGUUAGAAACCGGCCAUGACAUAUUGUUUUUCUGGGUAGCAAGAAUGGUUAUGAUGGGAAUAGAAUUUACAGGGAGCGUUCCAUUUUCUCAUGUCUACCUUCACGGACUUAUACGGGACUCUCAAGGGAGAAAAAUGUCAAAAUCUAUUGGGAAUGUGAUUGAUCCGCUUGACACAAUCAAAGAUUUUGGCACUGAUGCCCUGAGAUUUACGAUUGCACUAGGAACUGCUGGUCAGGAUCUGAACUUAUCUACUGAGAGGUUAACUGCAAAUAAAGCAUUCACCAACAAACUAUGGAAUGCUGGAAAGUUUGUGCUGCAGAGUUUGCCUAGUCUAAGCGACACAUCUGUUUGGGAGAAUUUACUGGCCAUCAAGUUGGACAAAGAGGAAACCCUGCUCAGUUUACCCUUACCUGAAUGUUGGGCGGUGUCGAAGCUCCACAUUCUUAUUGAUUCUGUCACAGCAAGCUAUGAGAAGCUCUUCUUUGGGGAUGUAGGAAGAGAAACAUAUGAUUUCUUUUGGAGUGACUUUGCUGAUUGGUAUAUUGAAGCCAGCAAAUCUCGACUGUAUGGAUCUGGAGGCACUUCAGUUUCUCUAGUUUCUCAGGCAGUUCUGUUAUAUGUCUUUGAGAAUAUACUGAAGCUGUUGCAUCCAUUUAUGCCAUUUGUAACCGAGGAUCUAUGGCAGGCACUUCCAUACAGGAAAGAAGCGCUCAUUGUGUCUCCAUGGCCACACAGUUCACUUCCAAGGAAUGUUGAAUCAGUAAAAAGAUUUGAGAAUUUACAAGCUCUGACUAGAGCAAUCCGAAAUGCAAGAGCAGAGUACUCAGUGGAACCAGUGAAGCGUAUAUCUGCCUCAAUUGUUGGAAGUGCAGAGGUUGUUGAAUAUAUUUCGAAAGAGAAGGAGGUAUUAGCUCUUCUAUCAAGGCUUGAUCUAAACAACGUCCAUUUUACCAAUGCUCCUCCUGGUGAUGCAAAGAUCUCAGUGCACCUAGUAGCUAGUGAAGGGCUAGAGGCAUAUCUACCUCUGGCAGACAUGGUUGAUAUAUCUUCUGAAGUCCAACGCAUUUCAAAACGUCUCUCAAAGAUGCAAACUGAAUAUGAUGCACUCGUAGCUCGCCUCAACUCACCAAAGUUUGUGGAGAAAGCUCCGGAAGAAGUUGUGAAAGGUGUAAAGGAGAAAGCAGAAGAAGUAGAAGAGAAGAUAAAGCUGACCAAAGCUAGGCUUGAUUUUCUCAAGUCCACUUCUCUAGUGUCUCAGUAA